CAAACUUCAAAUCAGUAAAUGUUAGCGGGACAAAUUGCGCCUGCGCACUGGACCUUUUUUUUCUGCUUGAGGUAUGUUGCUCAGCUUGAAAACGAGCAGCUGCUGCAAAGAGCGGAGACGCAAAGUGGACUCCGAGAGCGAUCUACACGACGAACUGACAGUCACGGGCCGUGGAUCGAAGUGUCACUGAAAUCGGACGAUAUGCGCCUUUCUGUGCGUGUUUCGUGAACGAGCCGCUUCCCACGGAGGAUUUCUCUCGUGUAUUUUGGAUGAUCUCCCACAGCCAGGUCCACGUAUUGAGAUGAUCUAUUUCUGUGAUGGCGAAGGGUCUGUUUCCACGGGCCUGGGUGAAAAAGUCAUUCUACUUCCAGGCUCGGAUCUCCUUCGUUCGGGUGAAGUACCUGUUCCUCACGUGGCUGACUGUGCUGGUGGGGAGCUGGGUGCUUUAUGUUCAAUACUCGGCCUACACAGAGCUGUGCAGAGGACACGAAUGCAAAAAUGCCAUUUGUGAUAAAUACCGGAGGGGGAUCAUCGACGGCUCUGCCUGCAGUGGUCUGUGUGACAAACAAACACUCUACAUGGGACGGUGUCUGUCAACCCUGCCCAACAACCAGGUUUACACAGGAAGCUGGGGGGACCACGAUGGCAUCAUCCGGUGUAAGUUGGGGGAAGUCAUGCACUAUGAGCUGGGAGAGGAGCCUGAACCACGGAGGGAGGCCCCCGUGUUCGACAAACCCACCAGAGGAACAUCGGUGGAGAAGUUCAGAGAGAUGGUCUUCAAUCACCUCAAGUCUAAACUCGGAGAGCAGGCGAACCUCGCCAGCCUUGUCAACCAGAUCCUCUCUGUUGCCGAUGGCAACAAAGAUGGACGGGUGUCACUGCCAGAGGCCCGCUCGAUGUGGGCCCUCCUCCAGAUGGACGAGGUGCUUCUGGGUUUGCUGCUCCAGGACCGUGGACACACUCCUCGCCUCCUCGGCUACUGUGGGGACCUCUACAUGACAGAGCGAGUCCCCUACGGGCCCCUGUAUGGUCUGUCCCUUCCCUGGCCCCUGGUGUCCUGGGUGCCUAAUGGUGUUCAGCGCACUAUGGACCAGUGGUUCACCCCGUCUUGGCCCCGCAAAGCCAAGAUCUCCAUGGGCCUGCUGGAGCUGGUGGAGGACAUCUUCCAUGGCACCUACGGGAGUUUUCUGAUCUGCGACGUCGCCGCAGCACACUUCGGUUACACCGACCGCUACGAGCUGCGUCUUACUAACACUCGCGCCGUCGUUCCUGAGGAGGAGUUUCGACGCAGCAUGCGGGCGCUGAAGUGUGAGACGGAUGCUGAUUGUGUGUACGGGGUGGACUGCCAGACGUCCUGCGAUGUGUCUGGAAGACGGUGCAGGGAGGAGCCGCUCCAGCCGAAUUUGGCGAAGGCGUGCAGCACACUGAAGGACUACCUCCUGCGUGGGGCGCCGUCGGCACUUAGAGAGGAGCUGGAGAGGCAGCUGUACGCCUGUAUGGCUCUCAAAGGAAAUGCUGGACAAAUGAAUAUGGAGCACUCGCUCAUUCUCAACAACCUGAAAGCUCUGCUGUGGAAGCAGAUUUCGCACACCAAGGACUCGUGACGAGGAGAGGAGCUCCUGAAUUCGAGGCAUUCACUUCUUUACAUUGAACUGAGAGUUAAACGCUGUGAUAGGAAACAAGAAUAGCAACUUAAAGGUUCAAUGUACAAGGCUUAAGUGUGCUCAUGGGCUUACGUCAGGUUUGUGUUGGAGUCUGAUGAGACAAUUCAGAAACAAGUCCCCUGUAAAAGGGUUCUAUGGAGUACUGACAUUCCACACCAGGGGUCUCAAACAUGCAGCCCGCCAAAGGUUCCAAUCCAGCCUGUGGGAUGAAUUUGCAAAGUGCAAAAAUUCCACAGUCCAGGCUGUCGAACUCAUUUUAGUUCGGGUUCCACAUACAGACCAAUAUGAUCUACAGUCAAAUAAUAACAGCAGAAUAACGUACAAAAAAAGACUAUGUUCUUCUUGGUAGAUGUGAAAAAAAUAAUAUUACACUAUGCCUAUA